AAGAAGCAGACACUGACGCCUUCGUUGCAGAGAAGAGAGGCAGGCAAGCAUGCUUCCGUCCUCUCGCCCCUCGCUGGCGGCGGCGUUCACGGAGCAGCAGCUGAAGCAGCUCCGGGCACAGUGCCUCGUGUUCCUUGCUUUCAGAAACAACAUGAUGUCCCAGAAGAAGCAUCUGGAAAUUGCGCUGGGUGAAUGUCCUGCACAAGCAGGGAGCAGUAGCGACGCCGGCGCCGGAGAAGGAGACCGGCGAGGAACCGACGGCGACGAUGGCCAUGGCAAAGCCGGGUCGUGGUCGUCUUCGCUGGUGUCGUCGUUCUCUGCAGCGACUGCUGGGUUGCCACCGCCCGACCUUCUUGGCCUGCCUUCGCUGCGGCUAUCGAGUCCCCAGGGCGGCCGAAGCAGAAGAGUGAUCCGUCGAGGAGUGGGCAAGAUACAGUGAUUGAAGGGGAUUGCAUCAGAAUUAUCUCACUCCUAGCUUCUAUCCCUUUUCAGCAGUAUCGUCAUCUUCAUUAGAUUCUAGAGAUCAGAUGCCUUGUGUAUUUUCCUUACUACUCAUGCAUGGACAAGAUUGUUUAUGAAGGAUUUGUACGGUAUGAUCUCCCUAAAUUCAAAUAUGAUUAUAAACUUAUGACCAAAUGAUCGGUUU